AAACGUUUCCUGAGUUCGGGGGUGGCGGAAGAUGGCGGCCGCUGGAGGGGGUUGGUGUCUGUGCGAGUUGUUGAGGUUUUUUUAUUCAUUAUUCUUCCCUGGGCUGAUGGUAUGUGGAACUUUAUGUGUGUGUUUGGUCAUUGUCCUUUGGGGAAUCAGACUGCUGCUACAGGGAAAGAAAAAGUCAGUGUCAUCUAGCAAAAAUGGGAAAAAUCAAAUGGUGAUUGCAUUUUUUCAUCCCUAUUGCAAUGCUGGCGGAGGAGGAGAAAGAGUUUUAUGGUGUGCCUUAAGAGCCCUGCAGAAAAAGUAUCCUGAAGCAGUUUAUGUUGUUUAUACCGGCGAUGUUAACGUCAGUGGUCAAGAGAUACUAGAAGGUGCUUUCAGAAGAUUUAACAUCAGAUUAAUUCGCCCAGUGCAGUUUGUUUUCUUAAGGAAACGCUACCUUGUGGAAGAUUCACUCUAUCCUCACUUCACACUGCUGGGCCAAAGUCUAGGAUCCAUUUUUCUUGGCUGGGAAGCUCUGAUGCAGUGUGUUCCUGAUGUUUACAUUGAUUCAAUGGGAUAUGCUUUCACACUUCCUCUGUUUAAGUAUAUAGGGGGGUGCCGAGUUGGAAGCUAUGUUCAUUAUCCCACUAUCAGCACUGACAUGCUCUCUAUAGUGAAGAAUCAAAAUGUUGGAUUUAAUAAUGCAGCCUUCAUUACCAGGAAUCCUUUUCUCAGCAAAGUAAAGUUCAUCUACUACUAUUUAUUUGCUUUUAUUUAUGGACUUGUUGGUUCUUGCAGUGAUGUGGUCAUGGUCAAUUCUUCUUGGACGCUAAACCAUAUUCUGUCACUGUGGAAGGUUGGAAAUUGCACUAACAUCGUUUAUCCACCUUGUGACGUGCAGACAUUUCUAGACAUUCCCUUACAUGGAAAAAAGAUGACCCCAGGACAUUUGCUGGUUUCUGUUGGCCAGUUCAGGCCUGAAAAGAAUCAUCCUUUGCAGAUCAGAGCCUUUGCUAAACUGCUGAAUAAAAAAGUGGCUGAGUCACCUCCUUCACUUAAACUUGUUCUCAUUGGAGGUUGUCGUAACAAAGAUGAUGAACUUAGGGUAAACCAACUGAGAAAGCUGUCUGAGGAAUUAGGAGUUCAAGAAGAUGUGGAAUUUAAAAUAAACAUUCCAUUUGAUGAAUUAAAGCAUUACUUGUCUGAAGCUACAAUUGGUCUCCAUACCAUGUGGAAUGAGCAUUUUGGGAUUGGAGUUGUGGAGUGUAUGGCAGCUGGCACAAUUAUCCUUGCACACAAUUCGGGGGGCCCAAAGCUUGACAUUGUCAUUGCUCAUGAAGGAGAUAUAACUGGAUUUCUGGCUGAGACUGAAGAAGGCUAUGCUGACACUAUGGCUCAUAUUCUUUCCAUGUCUACAGAGAAGAGACUCCAAAUCAGAAAAAAUGCUCGUGCAUCUGUAAGCAGAUUCUCUGAUCAUGAGUUUGAAGUGACAUUCCUAUCAUCUGUGGAGAAGUUAUUUAAAUAAUGCUGUGUCUGUACAAAUUAAAGAUACUUUAUAUAAAAUAGUUAAAUAUCUUCAUAUGUAAAUAUUUUUCCAAACUCCUUCCCUAUUGUAAUAAAGCCAGCUUAAGUAA